AUGGCCAUACAAGCAUCUGGAAAUGAUCCGGAACCGACUCGGCAUUCAAGUGACGCCCUCGAAAAAUCGCUCUCCAACGAGGCUUCUGGCAAGGAAGGAACGUACUCGACUCCGGAUGAAAACGACACGCCUUUGAGCUCGCGAUCUAGCCCAGACGACAACAGUGACGCAGACUCCGUUGGUGGCCAACGGAAUACCAUGUCGCGUAAACGACUCAUGGUGGCGAUACCGGCGCUAUCAAUAUGCCUUUUCGUCUCUUUCAUCGACCAGACCAGCGUCUCAACAGCAACACCAGCCAUUGCUGGGGACCUAGAUACAGGCACCGCUACCUCUUGGAUUGGUACUUCGUUCUUGAUUGCAUCCACGGCAUUUCAGCUUAUCAAUGGGCGAUUGUCAGACAUAUUUGGCCGGAAGCACUUGCUCUUGAUCUGUUUGGCGCUCAUGGCUCUCGGUGAUCUUGGUUGUGGCUUUGCUCAAACGCCCAGCCAACUGUUUGCCUUGCGAUCUGUUGCAGGAGUGGGAGGUGGAGGUUGGCUUGGUGCUGUCAUAGCUCUGGCGAAUGGUGUUGGACCAUUCUUAGGAGGCGCCAUAGUGGAAGGCGCAACGUGGAGAUGGGUCUUCUGGAUCAUCCCUAUCAUGACGAUACCAACAGCGAUGGUAAUACUGUUCCUCCUCCCACUCAAACACCAAUCCGGCGACCACCUCGAAAAGAUGAAAAAGAUCGAUUACGGCGGAGUCAUACUCAACAUCGCAUCUACGCUGCUGAUCCUGGUCCCGUUAUCUGGAGGAGGUGUCACUUAUGCCUGGUCGUCUCCGUUCUUCAUUUCAGCGACUAUCAUCGGCUUAGUCCUGGCCGUGAUGUUCGUUCUCUAUGAAUGGAAGCUAGUUGCCCUACCAAUCAUGCCGCUCCGACUUUACAAGGCUCGCCAUUGCUGGGCGCUUUACCUGCAGUCAUUCCUGACUGGUCUGGCAUACUUCGGCAACUUCUUCUAUCUCCCGAUUUACUUCCAAUCAAUCCUUAGGUACACUCCUUUGGUGUCCGGUGCUUUGAUCUUACCGGUCGUUAUCACCUCUUCCAUCGCAUCCAUCGCUUGUGGGCAAUAUAUGGCACGAAUAGGGAGCUACAUGCACUGCAUUCUGGCCGGAUUCACGCUUUGGACUCUGGGGAGCGGCCUGACACUACUGUUCGAUCGAAGCACAGGCCUAGCGCCACUGAUUGUCAUACUCAUUGUUGAAGGAGCUGGCAUUGGCCUAACGCUGCAACCGGUCCUCGUUGGCAUGUAUGCCAAUAGCAACGGCUCAGAUCGCGCUGUGAUCACAGGACUUCGCAACUUCAUUCGCACCAUUGGCGGCGCAUUUGGUCUCGUCAUUUCUGGAGUCACCCUCUCGAACACUCUGAGGACUGGUCUGAGUGGUGAGAUAUUUGCCACGCAGGAUCUGAUCGCCCAGCUUACUUCAUCUACUUACGCUCUUGAUGCCCUCGACAUAUCACAGGCCCAGAAAGAGCGUGUCCUUGAUGUCUACAUGCAGGGGUUACAUUAUAUUUUCAUUUUUUUCACGGUCUGCGCUGGUGUCAGUCUCUUACUGACUUUCUGGGUGGGCAACACGAGUUUGAAGGUCGCGAGGUCGGUGGACGAAGAGAGUCGCGACAGCGAAACCGUCAGCGAGCAGCAAAUGGGUGAGGAAUCAAAGCAACCAGCUACCGGACAUACAAAUGCAGUAGAUGGCAACUCAUCGGAAGGGAAAACAAGUGUAUGA